AGUAAAGUCAGAAGGUGUAAUGGCUGAAGAAACAACGUGUAUGUUUAUAUUUUCAAACCUUCAUGAAUCACGUUCACUAUCAGAAUCAUGAUGCCGUGGGGUCAACACCUCUAGGGUCACACUGUUUUCAGACACGGCCAACACACGGCUGACAUUGCCUUAGUAACUAAAGGAAACAAAGUACAGAGGAGGGACUUCAGUCUUUGCUGGAGAAGAUCAUAGCAGUAGUCUAGCAUGAGAGACGAGAAGAGAUAAAUCAGCUGUAUAACAGAGAGCUUUGACAGAACUCAGCAGCUUCUCACCACCUCCCUCUGCAGAUGGAGACUUCAGAAGGAGCUGAACUCUGCUUUCCACAACUCAACAAUUCCUGCAGGAAACCCAUGCCAGCUCAGUCAGAUACCAUGCUCACUUACACCGUGGUGUCCUUCAUCUCUCUGAUCACUGUAGCUCUCAACCUGCUGGUCAUCAUCUCUAUCUCCCACUUCAGGCAGCUCCACAGCCCCACCAACCUCCUCAUCCUCUCCCUGGCUGUCUCAGACUUCUUCGUGGGCCUCCUGCUGAUGCCGGUUGAAAUUCUUUUAACAGAUGCUUGCUGGUGCCUGGGUGACCUAAUGUGUGCUCUGUAUUGUGUUGUAUGUUUUUUCAUUACAUCUUCUUCUGUUGGAAACAUGGUGCUCAUAUCAAUUGAUCGUUAUUUGGCUAUUUGUGACCCUCUACGUUACACCACCAGAGUUACUCUGUACAGAACAAAAGUCUGUGUUUGUCUCUGUUGGAUUUGCUCUUUUCUCUAUAAUUGUCUAAUUUUAAAGGACUUUCUGAGACAACCUGAUUCAUAUAAUUCCUGCUAUGGAGAGUGUGUAGUUGUCCUUAACUAUAUCACAGGAGCUGUUGACUUUGUCUUUACCUUUAUUGUCCCUGUUACUGUCAUCAUAGUUCUGUAUAUGAGAGUGUUUGUGGUGGCUGUGUCUCAGGCUCGAGCCAUGCGCUCUCAUAUUGCAGCUGUUACACUCCAGAGUUCAGUUGGUGGAACUGCUAAGAAAUCUGAGAUGAAAGCAGCCAGGACUCUAGGUAUUGUUGUAGUUGUGUUUAUAAUGUGUUUCGUUCCAUAUUACUCUCCAUACCUGAAAGGUGAGGAUAUUGAAGACAGUAGUUCAUCCUCACUUGUUGCAGUCUGGCUGCUGUAUUUUAACUCUUGUCUAAACCCAGUGAUCUAUGCCUUCUUUUACCCCUGGUUUAGAAAAUCUAUCAAACUCAUUGUUACCUUUAAGAUACUUCGGCCUGACUCUUGUGAUGCUAAAAUACUGUAGAGACAGACUGGAGAAACAGCGUUGUUCUUAUAUGUUUAUAUUGUCGAACCUUCAUGAAUCAUUUUCACUAUCAGACAAUCAAUUGUGUUCAUUGUCAUGACUUCAUCUGAAAGUAUAAUCCUUCUGUUUAGAACAUGCUUCUGUCAUUACCUCUGCCAAGGAAGUUAUGUUUUCAGCUCGGUUUGUCUGUCAGUUUGUCACAGGGCUGUAAAAUAGUCAAUUUCACAAUAUGCCUUUUGUGCUCUAAUAUGCAUACAUUGUACAUAAGUUUGUUUCAUUUAUAUUUCCACUGUGCUAGCAGAAGGUCCUAAACCGUAUAACAACUAAUUUUGGGAGUAGGUUUUGUUUGUAAUAUGAUUUAUACACGCACAACUACAUUGCGCAUUGUUUCUGUUUUGUAUCAAGUGCUGACAGCUGUGUGACUCUUCCACAUCUCCCCUCUCUACUCACUGUCUUUUAAAAUGC